CAAAGUGGUGUGGAAAAACUUGGAAACCACGAGGAAAUUGAACAUAUCUGCGUGAUAUUCACUUCUUUAUCAUUGUGUAUGCAUCCAGGAGUCAAGGAUUUCACCCUCGCCUCCAAACCAGAUGACCCAGUCAAUCACAUGUACAUCCCAGCCCUCGAUUACUGCACAAUCCCAAGGCUUGUUUGAGCUUGGAUGCUGGUGACACCCUGGUCGGUGAUGUGAUGUCAGCGUCAAGGACGUCUGUGAAGUCGGGGAAGCCAAUGGCAUAUUCGUAUUGAGCCAUUUUUCUACCAGCUAAUUCCCGGGUCUAAAAUAUUCCUUAUGCCCUCUUGCCUACUUGGAUCCUCCGCACCCGAGCCCAAUGUCAGGCGCUCUCAACACGCCUCCCCUUGGACAUUCUCGCCCACCCACUGAUCCGGCGCCGCAUCUGCCCACCAAAGUUGCCGAAUCCGUAUUCUCCGUGGCUUCAACGUCCAGUCGAUACUCUGCGGGCCAAUCCUCCGUGUCGAUUCCUCUCCCGGAUCCAUCCAUCAAAUCUUCCAUUCGCCACCACCAUUCUCAUCUCCGGGCCAAUACCAUCCCUUCCAGUGGUUACUACCCCAACUCUCAUCCGUUUGGCCAAAGUGGGUACGGUCUGAACUCUUCGUACCAAAGCAUAGGAUCCGUUGCUCAUCCGCAUCCGCUGAAUUCUCAGCCCAGUUUCCUCUUACCGACCAAAGCCCUCAUCCUUGGCAAUAAUAACGGCAACAUGCAACAGGACAAGAAACGAAUUCAUCGACCACCACCACCACCUACUCAAUCAGUGUAUAGCGAGAUCACAUCUCAAUACUCCUAUCUUGGACCCCAUCAAGGACUCAAUCCGAGCCAUGCCCCGAGUUUCAAAGGCGUGGACGAGAACAUUUACCACUGGAAAGUCCUGAAUCUGAGUCGAGCCAAAUUGAAGGCCUCGAGCCGAACCUCGGCCUUGCUCUCCGGUUUCGCAAUGGUGGCUAUGGUGGAGAUUCAGAUUGACGACAAAGUGCCCGAGCCUCUUCUGAUCCUAUUUGUCGUAUGCACUGUCUUGCUGAUUGCAGUUCACAUGCUGGCACUCAUGAUUUCCACAUGCAUUUUGCCCAACGUCGAGGCCGUAGCCAAUCUUCAUUAUCAAACCCAGAAGACAGUGUUUGAAUCCCCCCAUAUGAAGAUGAACAUAAUCGUGGAGCUAGCCUGGGCUUUUUCAACCGUCAUAGGNNNAUUGCUGUUUUUAGUGGAAAUUGCCAUCUUAUGUUGGGUCAAAUUCUAUACGAUUAUGCAUUCGGCCGCUUGGGUGGCCACGGGCAUGCUCAUCCCAAUCAUGGCUGUUUUCAUUGGGUUUGCGGCCCAUUUCUACUUAAAAUUGGUUUCUCACAAGUCUGAGGUCUAUGAAGAUGGGAUUAAAGAGCUCCAACUCCUCCGGGCCCAACUUGAAGAUCCAGAGGCUUCACCUAAUCCCCAAAGAUCCCCAGAACCCGGAUCCGGUCUGGUGCAAAUCGUAUGAUCGCUAUUCAGAACGGUGUCCUUGUUUUUUAUUUAUUUGUUAACUUGGGUAUGCCAGGAAUGCCCAUGAAUGCCCCGCCAAAAAAACCGAUUAGUGAUGCCAUUGUGAAGUCGUGGACGCCAGGCAAUUUGAGCGGUUUUUGUACCAUUUUUUUGUAUUAUUUGCUAGUUUGUUUUUAGAGUGUCCGAAUACCAGGAAUUAAAUGAAGAGUCACAUAAUGUUGGUAAAGCACUA